AGAACACUUGAAACAAGAGGGCCGCGGCGGCAAGGGCAGGGGGCAGCGAGACGAGCACAGCAGAUGCUGCACACGAACAGGGCAGCGCGACGAACCAGAAGAGCACCCCAGAAGUGCAGACCGAAAGGGCGCCCGGCUCCAGCCCUUUGGCCCGCCGCCCCCCCGCCGUGAUGCGGCGGGCCGCGCCGUGGCCGUGCCGCCCCUGGGCCUGGGCGGCGGCCGCCCUCCUCCGCGGCCCGGCGGCCGCCGCCUCGUGGGUCGCGGCGGUGCGGGGGCCGUGCGAGCAGGUCGGGGCCUGCGUGCAGAGCCCGAACUACCCGGGACGGUACGGUGGCCAGCAGAGCUGCGAGAUCUCCGUGAACCCGUGGGCGCAGGAGAGCGUCAGCGCCAUCCGCUUCCGCAGCGAGAGGAACUACGACGUCCUCACCGUGAACGGGAAGCGCUAUUCGGGCCACUUCUCGCGGGGCCCGCAGGACGUCGUGGCAACCGGGGCGAUCCUGUGGAGCUCUGACGACGGCGUCGAAUCUACAGGGUGGAAGAUUUGCCGCACGUCGGAGGCCGAUGCCGUGCGGGCCGCUGAGCCGCCCAUCGAAGCCCGAGGAUUCGAGAUGUUCAUUUACGCCUUCAUGACGGUGAUGGUUGUGUGGCUUGUCCCAUUCCUUGCUGUGGCCCCUCUGGUAUCUACGGUACUAUGCAUUUUGGCCCACAAAGUAUGUAAAACCGAGAUGUUGAGCAGCCUCGCAGUUCGCAUCGCACAUUUCCCGUAUAUGUUGUUGCACGGUGGCAAGGCCGCGGGAGACAGUGAACAUCCAUUCAACAUCGUUGGAUAUUGCAUCUUGUGGUGGGGAAUUGUAUCAUUCACAAUGCUGACUUUCAUUAUUAUCUUGUUUGCGGCGGUCACCUUCCUAAUCACUUAUCUGUUCGGUUUGUUGAUGAUGUCGCUAUUCUUCAUGCUCCUCACACUGAUGGAGUCCGUCGCAGAGCGAGCUACGAAUGAAACAAGAGUCUCAGGAGGUCAAGUUCCUGCCGUGAAGUACGAGGGGAAGCUGUGGCAGUUCUUGAGGCACCCAUUCGUCAAGUGGACUUAUCGGACAGUGGCUCUUCUUGUAAUUGCCACCGUGAUAAGUGUUGGAGUCUACGUCCAGUUCUUGGUGGACGCAAUGCUGAUCGAGAGUGGAUUUGAUCUGCUUCCCUCCCAGCGCGACUCAAGUGAUUCUCCGCCAGUGUAUGCGGUCAUGCAGGGCAUGAAGGGCGAUUUCGCGGUCAUGAGCAUCGUAUCCCCAGCGUUCGAGCUGUUCCGUCCGAUUCUUAAGUGGGUUCGUGCAUGCUUGGAUUGGCCCGUGGCAUGCAAUCCUGCCGCGUGGUCUGCCUAUUCUGUCGUUUGCCUUUCUGCAACAUAUGUCCAGUUCGUAUGGUGCACGACCGACGUUGCAUCUCCUUUGUACGAUCGGCAGAAGCGGUUGGAAGAGGCGCCAGCAGAUGAGACUGCUGGCAAUAUGGGUUUUCUGAAGCAGAAGUUUUACGCCCUGGUUGUAUUGAUCAUCCUCAAGUUGAACUUCUACACUCUGCAACUUGUUGGGCAGGGCAUAGUCUCUGGAUUCCCCGGCAUGAUGUCACACGAUUCUAAAUAUUGCGAGGUCGAAGUGGUCCACCCCCACGGAAUUGAGCUUGGAUAUGCAGCCUCAUGGCUGAUUGCACGGCUCAUGUCUUAUUCGAUCGAGGAGGAGGAUCGAGGAGGAGGAUUCGUUCGCUCAGUUGUUGUAUAGCGCGUGUGGCUUCUCUUUGGAGCAUCUGCGGCUCUCCGCCCCGAGGCGCCUCUGGGUCGGGCGGCCCCGAGGCCGGGCGAGGGCCCGCGGAGGCCCAGGAUGGAUCGAGCGGCCGCCGUCGUGUCCGCCUCCGCCCGCCAGGGUCGGGAGCCUCGAGGCGGGGGUCGACGCAGACUGGGGUCAGCCAGAGCGCCGGAUCCUGCAGGAUCCUGCGAGGACCCCCUCUGGCCGACCCGGGUCCGCGAGCCGCUCGUGGCCGCGGGGCGGCCGCGCCUGCUGGCUGACCCGGG